CAUUUUUCUACGGAAUCUGAAAUCAUUUACGUUCUGUAGAUAACAAAUGUAAAUAGAUAUUUUUCAAGUAAUUAUAAAUCUCAGUAAAAUGUUUAGAAGCUCAGUAAUCAAAAUAAUCAACAAAUCUUACAUGUUCACCGUCCUCUUACUUAUCAAUUCUGAAUGUCAGUGAUUUUAAAAUGUUUAUUUGUUCUUGUUUGUGUAUUGGUCCCCAAUGGGAGGCUUCAACAACAACCAUCUACUUUACCAUUCCCACAUUUAACUGAUUUCAAACUAUCAGAUAUAGGGAAACCAGUUUAUAAAUUUGAAGGACUUGACUAUUCUCAAUUACCACCGAAUAUUUUCAAGUCGGAUUUCGCUACUUGUGAAGAAGAAUUUGCUAGGUGUAUUAGAUUCACGAUACAUCUUAAUCCAGUCUGUGGAUAUUUUGUACCUCACGGAACAUUGCGAGGAUAUGAAGGUAUAUGUGAAUUGGAUUUAUCCAGUUGUAGAGAAAUGAUACGAUACAAAGUACCAAUGUAUGGGACAAAUUACCGCCAACGUCUGGUAUAUUAUUUGGGUGAAGGUUUCGAUUGCAAUACUUAUGUACGUCGCAUCGCUGAAGGUUGGAUACCUAGUGAUAUAAGGGACCCACCAGAUAAUGAAACCUCGUCUGAGUUGGCACCAACAGCCGAUUAUGAUUACUAUGACACUGAAAACCAAUAAACUGAAACUAAUGCUUAAAAUGAAAACAAACAAAACAAGACAUAAUAUAUAUAUAUAAUAUAAAGAAAUAGCCAGACUACAAAACAAAUAAAAUGUUAUGGAGCCAUAUAUUUGAUUUUACGGCCGUAAAUGCGUAUUGAAGAUUUAGUUAAUAUGAAAAGCCCUUAUUUCUUACAAUCACUCCGCUGUAAAUAAAAUCCUCCAUCACCAUGAUCUGGUUGUUAUUUAUGAAUAUA